AUAAGGAGAAAAAAAAAAUAUAAAUAUUCAGGCCGGAAAUAUGUGCGAUAUCCGGAAUACCCAGCAGCACCGGCAUAUCCAAACGCAGCACCGGCUUAUCCAACAGCAGCACCGGCAUAUUCACCAGCAGCACCGGCAUAUCCACCAGCAGCACCGGCAUAUCCACCACCAGCAGUAUACGCACCGGCGUAUCCUGCGGCACCGGCCUAUCCUGCGGCACCGGUGGCCUAUCCAGCGGCACCGGUGGCCUAUCCAGCGGCACCGGUGGCCUAUCCAGCGGCACCGGUGGCCUAUCCAGCGGCACCGGUGGCCUAUCCAGCGGCACCGGUGGCCUAUCCAGCGGCACUGGUGGCCUAUCCAGCGACAUCAUCGGCGGCCUAUUCAGCGGCACCGGUGGCCUAUCCAGCGACAUCGGCGGCCUAUUCAGCGACACCGGGAUAUCCAGCGGCGCCGGGAUAUUUACCAGGAUGUAAUUAUCGUAAGUAG